UAUGCGGAGUGCCAAGAUGGCUCUGUUGCGAAAUGGUCAGAAUGUGAUUUACGUGUGCCUUGUGUUGUCCCUGUUCGUGGGAUCGCUGAAUGCAGAGUGCUGCAAGGAUGGAGAAACCAAAAUAGACGUAGACGAUUGCACCAAGUACCUGGUGUGCUGCAGUGGAGAAUUUGUAUCCAAGACCUGCCCGAACGAAACCUAUUGGGAUCCGGAAUCAGCCCUCUGCCAAGUCGACAAUGGAGAGUGCCGGCCCCCGACGCCCUGUGUGGAUGGGGAGACUGAGGUGGACGAGGAUGACUGUACCAAGUACUUUGUCUGCUGUCACGGCGAGCUGGUUUCCAUGUCGUGCGAUAAUGGAUACUACUGGAACUCCGAUGACCAAAAAUGUGAUUUGGACAAAGGCCAGUGCAAGCCACCCACCUGUGUGGAUGGCGAGGUUAACCCAAACCCUGAAGAUUGCGCCGGGUAUCUGGAGUGUGUUAAUGGGUCCUACGUGAACCAGACCUGUGACUCUGGGGAUUACUUCAACAGCACCCUCAAUAAGUGUGUCUUGGAUACGUGUGGAGUGUGCGUCAACUGCGUUGAAGGCAGCCAGAAGGCCGAUCAGAACGACUGCGCCAAGUUUCAAGUUUGUGUCAACGGAAAGUAUGUCUCCAAGUCCUGCCCGAUCGGAGAGUACUAUAACUCGGCUAUAAACGACUGUGAGGAGGACAAUGGUCAGUGCAACGGAAACCAAACAUGCACCGAAGGUGACAUUCAAGAGGAUGCUAAGGAUUGCGCUGGGUACGAAGUGUGCUCCAAUGGUAGCUGGGUCAGUCGCCUGUGUGCCGAUGGAGCCUAUUUCAACGCAACCCUCAACAUUUGCAUCAUAGACGAAUGGGGCUUUUGCCUGAACUGUACUGAUGGAGAUCUCCAAGCCUAUCCCGCGGACUGUACCAAGUUUAAAAUUUGUACCAACGGGAAGUAUGUGGUUAAGAGCUGUGGAUCUGGCGACUAUUGGAACUCGGGCUCUAAAAAGUGCGAGAAGGACGAUGGUCAGUGCAACGGAAACCAGACGUGCAACAAUGGGGAUCUGGAAAUCGAUUACACCAACUGUGCUGGGUACUAUGUCUGCUCCAACGGCAGCUGGGUCAGUCGUGAGUGUGUCGCUGGAUCGUACUUCAACGAUACUAUUGGGGCUUGCAUCGUCGACGAAUUGGGCGUUUGCGUGAACUGCACUGAUGGAGAUCUUGAAGCCUAUCCCUCGGACUGUACCAAGUUUAAAAUUUGUACCAACGGGAAGUAUGUGGUUAAGAGCUGUGACUCCGGAGAUUAUUGGAACGCGGGCAUUAAGAAGUGCGAGAAGGACGAUGGUCAGUGCAACGGAAACCAGACGUGCAACAAUGGGGAUCUGGAAAUCGAUUACACCAACUGUGCUGGGUACUAUGUCUGCUCCAACGGCAGCUGGGUCAGUCGUGAGUGUGUCGCUGGAUCGUACUUCAACGAUACUAUUGGGGCUUGCAUCGUCGACGAAUUGGGCGUUUGCGUGAACUGCACUGAUGGAGAUCUUGAAGCCUAUCCCUCGGACUGUACCAAGUUUAAAAUUUGUACCAACGGGAAGUAUGUGGUUAAGAGCUGUGACUCCGGAGAUUAUUGGAACGCGGGCAUUAAGAAGUGCGAGAAGGACGAUGGUCAGUGCAACGGAAACCAGACGUGCAACAAUGGGGAUCUCGAAAUCGAUUACACCAACUGUGCUGGGUACUAUGUCUGCUCCAACGGCAGCUGGGUCAGUCGUGAGUGUGUCGCUGGAUCGUACUUCAACGAAACUAUUGGGGCUUGCAUCAUCGACGAAUUGGGCGUUUGCGUAAACUGCACUGAGGGCACGACAGGAUCCGUGCCAAGCGACUGUACCAAAUACAAAAUCUGCGCCGGCGGAAAGUAUGUGGUCCAGUCCUGCGCCAGCGGACUCUACUUCAACAACCAAACCAACCGCUGUGAAACAGACAACGGCGAGUGCAUUGUGGUACCCUCCUGCACGGAGUACGAGGUAAAGGUAAACCCGGCGGACUGUGCUGGAUAUCUGCAAUGUAUCAACGGUAAUUUCGUGGCCCGCAAGUGCUCCGCAUCACAGUUCUUCAACGCAACUGUCGAGAGGUGCGAGAUGGACGUGAACAAUGUGUGCAUUCCGAAAGACUGUGACCCUGAAUGCUGCGAGAAUCCAAAUGCUCCCAGUCUUCCGGUCGCCAAUAACUGCUCGGCCUUCAUCCAGUGCGUCGAUGGCAAGCUGUUCCAACAGAACUGUCCCAGCAACCUCCAAUACAAUAAUGUGACGAAGGAGUGUGACUUUCCGUGGGUUGUCGGUUGCGAGGAUGGAGCACCGCCCCCGAUUGCUGGUCCCUCUGGUACCUACUGUGAGAGCCACGGAGACUGUAUUGGUCAACGCGACGGAGUUAUGUUCGCCGUAAAGACCUCCGCCAAGACGUGUAGCUCUUCCUAUGUCGUCUGCCAGUGCGAAUGCGAGGUGAACUUCACCUGUUCUGCCGGUCUUGUUUUCAAUCCGACACAGAAGGUCUGCGAUUGGCCCGAUAAUGUAGAAUGUUAAAAGCCUAAAUAAACUUUGUGAGCAUCGCAAAA